UCUAAUUGUGUUCUCACUUCUUGCGGUAAUUGAACUUGUCUUUAUAGAUAAAUUUGUUUUGAGAAACAUGUUUUGGUCUCUUCUGGGUACUAUUUUUUUUUUUUUUGUGAAUAUUCACAUUAUAAAAAUCUAAACUUUUUGUCUCCCCUGUUUAAAUUUUUUAAACUCCUAAAGAAAAAAAGAAAAAAUUAGAGUCCUUUUCAAAGUCUAUCUGUAAGUGGCGAUGCAUUCGACUACUCUAUGAAAGCUCUCUAGUGUUCUUCUUCUUAUUCUCUCUUUUAAACACCUCUCACUUUCAUCUCCUUUCUCAUUGAUUGUUACUUGAAUUUACAAAAAAAAAAACUCGUUUUAAUUGAGCUAGGCUUCUUCUUCUUCUUCUCUUCAGGAGAUAGUGCUCUGUUUAAACCCUGUUAAGUAUCUUUAUCUUCUGAAGGUCUUCUUGUUUGUUUAAAGAUGAUCUUGGUGAUGGUUGGUUUAUUCAAGAAGACACCGAGCUAUAUUGGCUUCAAUGGAUUAUUCAUAGGCUACAUUUAUGGGAUUUGAUAGAUUGUUAAUUAAGGCAAACUUGUGGUUAUGGAUUCUCGAGGUGACGACAGUUCUAGGUUCGGACAAUAUCCGACAAAGCCUUGUAGAAACAUGUCUUCAUCUUCAUCAGCUGCUUUCUUCUCAGCUAACCAGUCUCCGUUCUUCUCACCAAGAUCUCCUAAACCCAAUCAAGAACUCUCUGAAUCCACUCGGUCUGAUGCUCAGUGUGAUAGCUUUGAUCCUCUUAGCUCCAGCUCUGGUUUCCAAGACCCGGAGCUCGGUUUUUUAGCCGCCGCCGCCGCCGCAUCACCACCACCUCCUCAUCCUCAGUGUCAGAAUCUUGAAGCUGCUGAUCGAAUCGCUUCGAGUAGUGUGAUCUCUUGCACUCCUUCUAGAUAUGGAAGAGGGCAAGGGCAAGACUCUUCGUCGUAUACUCAGACAUCUUCUUUUUCUGUUUCUUAUAACAGGUUGAGAUGUUGUGAUGUGUUUAUAGGGUUGCAUGGUCAGAAGCCUUCUCUGCUUAGGUUUGCUGAUUGGCUUAGAGCUGAGUUGGAGUUUCAAGGGAUGAGUUGUUUUAUGUCGGAUAGAGGACGGUGUAGGAGUACUAGGAAACAGAGAAUAGUCGAGAGAGCCAUGGACGGUGCAUCGUUCGGAGUCAUAAUCCUAACGAGAAAGGCUUUCAAGAACCCUUACACGAUCGAGGAGCUACGGUUUUUCGCAAACAAGAAGAAUCUGGUUCCUGUUUUCUUUGAUCUGUCUCCUGGAGACUGUCUUGUGAGAGAUAUAGUUGAGAAGAGAGGUGACUUGUGGGAGAAACAUGGAGGGGAGCUGUGGGUUUUGUAUGGUGGGAUUGAGAAAGAGUGGAGAGAGGCUGUUCACGGGUUAUCUCGAGUUGAUGAUUGGAAGCUUGAAGCUCAUGAAGGUAACUGGAGAGAUUGUGUUUUCAGGGCGGUUACGUUGUUGGCUAUGCGGUUAGGGAGGAGAAGUAUAGUGGAGAGGUUAACGAAAUGGCGAGAUAAAGCUGAGAAAGAGGAGUUCCCGUUUCCGAGGAACGAGAGUUUUGUUGGGAGGAAGAAGGAGUUAUCAGAGUUAGAGUUUGUUUUGUUUGGAGACGUUGCUGGAGAUUCUGAAAGGGAUUACUUUGAGUUAAAGGCGAGGCCGAGUAGGAGGAAGAAGAAUGUUACGUUAGGGUGGAACAAAAGCGGUUCAGCGGAAGAACGAAGGAAGAAAGGUAAAGAGAAAGUUGUGUGGAAAGAGUCUGAGAAAGAGAUUGAGAUGCAAAGUACUGAGUUGCCUUUAAGGAAUCAAGUCAAAGUAGGGAGGAGCACGAGGAGGAAACGGUCGAUGAAGGUUGUUUACGGGAAAGGUGUGGCUUGCGUCUCUGGUGAAUCAGGGAUUGGCAAAACCGAGCUGCUUCUUGAGUUUGCUUAUAGACAUCACCAAAGGUAUAAGAUGGUUCUUUGGAUAGGUGGUGAGAGCCGUUACAUUAGACAGAACUAUCUGAAUCUUUAUCAGUAUUUGGAAGUUGACAUUGGGAUAGAGAAUGGUUCGGAUAAAACGCGGAUGAAGAGUUUCGAGGAGCAAGAAGAUGCUGCGGUUUCCAAGAUUAGAAAAGAGCUGAUGAGGAAUAUACCGUUCUUGGUUAUGAUUGAUAACUUGGAGAGUGAGAAAGACUGGUGGGACUCGAAGCUCGUGAUGGAUCUUCUUCCUCGGUUUGGAGGCGGGACUCAUAUCUUGAUAUCUACGAGACUCUCUCAAGUUAUGAAUAUGGAGCCGUUGAAACUCUCUUACCUCUCUGGUGCUGAAGCUAUGUCGUUAAUGCAGGGGAAUGUGAAAGACUAUCCUGUUUCGGAAAUGGAUGCAUUGAGAACGAUUGAAGAGAAACUUGGGAGGUUAACGUUGGGAUUAGCUGUUGUGGGAGCUAUAUUGUCUGAGCUUCCUAUAAACCCUAGCCGGCUUUUGGAUACUAUAAAUAGAAUGCCUUUGAGAGAGAUGAUAUGUAGUGGUAGGGAUGGGACUCUGUUGAGAAGAAACGGGUUUCUGUUGCAGCUGUUUGAAGUGUGUUUUUCGAUCUUUGAUCAUGCAGAUGGGCCGAGAAGUUUGGCUACAAGAAUGGUUGUUGCUAGUGGGUGGUUAGCUCCAGCACCGGUUCCAGCUUCUUUAUUAGCUUUGGCUGCUCAUAAACUCCCUGAGAAGCACAGAGGUCCUAAGCGGAUGUGGAGAAGACUAAGACGCGCUAUAAGCUGCGGUUUUACAUCUUCAAACUCUAAGAGAUCGGGAACUGAAGCUGCUUCUAUGCUACUUAGAUUCAACAUUGCUCGAACCAGCAGCAUCAAGCUAGGGUUUAUACAAAUCCACGAGCUCGUGAAACUCUAUGCAAGGAAUCGAGUAAUGGUCAACGAGAAUGCGCCAGCAAUGGUUCAGGCAGUGAUAAGCCGCGGCUCGACCGUUGAAACAGCAGAACAGAUCUGGGCGGUUUGUUUCUUGCUGUUUGGUUUUAGCAACGAAGCUCCGACGAUUCAGUUAAAGAUAACAGAGCUGCUGAUUCUUGUGAAACAAGUAAUCUUGCCUCUAGCGAUCAGAACGUUCAUAACGUUUUCACGGUGCAGCGCAGCUGUGGAGCUACUCAGGGUCUGCACAAACGCUCUUGAAGCAGCUGACCAAACGCUAGUGACGCCAGUGGAGAAGUGGCUAGACAAGUCACUUUGCUGGAGACCAGUUCAGACAAGCGCACAGCUAAACCCUAUUCUAUGGGAAGAACUAGCUUUGGCUCGAGCCACCGUGCUAGAGACUCGGUCUAAGCUGAUGUUACGAGGCGGGCAGUUCGGUUUUGCUGAUGAUUUGAUAAGAAAAGCGAUCUUUAUAAGGACUUCAAUCUCAGGAGAGGAUCAUCCUGGGACUGUGUCGGCUCGAGAAACAUUAAGUAAGUUAACGAGGCUUUUAUCCAAUGUUCAUCAGAUUCAUAACACUUCACCGUAAUAGAAUUUAGGACUUUCUUGUUGUAAAAGUUAAAAAAAAAAAGGUUAGAGAGUUUCUUGGUUCUUUUUUUUUAUUAUCAUUAUUUUUAGCCAUAAGAGUUAGAUUUAUACAGAGGAAUUUAGUAAUAAAACAAGCUUUUAUGUAAGAAAUUUGUCAGAGAAUCCUUUUUUUUUUUAACACAGUAAAAUCUCUGAAUUUUAACAGGCUCUUCUCAAACUGCACUUUUAACUUUUUUCCUUGAAGUAAUUCAGGUUGAGGAAACAACUCUUGAAUAGUUUUUCAAA